AUGAAAAGUCGGAUUAUUGGAGCGAUAGUUUUGGAUCCACGAAAUCUGACUGGACGAUACAACUUCAUGUCUCUCGAAACUGGACGAGAAAUCAAUGGGCGAGUGACAACGGCGAUGCCUAUCACUGACGACGUGAUCAAGAGAGUGGAAGAACUCGGACUUGAACAACAGCAGCCGUAUCGAGAGUCGAAAAUGCUGAGGUAUGAAUGGCGACCAGGACAACCGAUCACCGCGGAUGACAUCGUUGCACCAGCUGAGGCGGCACAAGAUCCCCUAAUCUUGCCUGAACCUAUCGUCAUAAAUCUACCAAAUGCUGAACCAAAUCCUUUCGUACCUAUUGAUGUGGAUGAUCUGCCAGGAGCGGAUGAAAUUGAGACAGAACUACCGGACAAUCAAGAGGAACAAGGAGCGGAAACUCAAGGAGCGCAAGUCGAAGCACUGGUCGAAAAUCAAGGAGCGCAGAACGACAUGAUCGAAAAUCAAGGAGCGCAGAACGACAUGAUAGAAGAAAACGAUGAAAGCGAAGAUGACGAUUUCUCGGCAGAAAUGGAUGUGGUUGACGAUGAAACGAAAGAUGAACCUGAUGCCGACGAUUUGGGAGAUACCAAAGAGGACGUGGCAACAGCGGACGAGACGGAGGACGGGGACCAAAUAGUAGUAGUGGCAGCCAGUAAUCCGGAGGACAAAGAACGAAGAGGAGGCCAUCUUGACACGAACGAAGGAGAAGACUUCGGAAGAGGAAAGAGAGAAAGAAAACCCGCUGAAAAGUAUUCAGCGUUGCAAACAACAGGGAUCAAGAAGACCUCUGGAAAGAUAAAGGGAAAGGUGAGCAGCUUUCAGAGGAGAAAAAGAGCCGCUCACAACAAGAAAAGAAGUAAGACUAGCAAAAGUUUGAUCUCGAAAGGAUCGGCAAAUAAAAAGAAGGCCAAAAGGAAAAGGAUUUCUUUUUCUUUUUUGAACAAGAGGUUCGAAGAUUUGGAAAAGGAAGAAAAGGUGGAUUUCUUCACUUGUGCAUGGGAGGAACACCAGCUCACCGGAAAGACUCACCUGUUGGAGCGAUAUACCACGGGACUUGCGUUUGCCCAAAUGUCUGCCAAGCAGGGCAUCAAGAAGUACGACAAAGAAGCAGAACUGAAGCUAAUUGCCGAGUUCGCGCAGCUACUAGAGUUCCAAGUUUUCCACGGAGUUAAAGCGGACGGACCCGACGGCAUCUCUUUUGAAGAAAAGAGAGGAGCCGGAGACAUGAUUAAUCUUAUUGAGGAAAAGAUCAAUAGAGGACAUACCGAUGAGAAUCCAGUGCUAAGAGCUAGAAGCGUUUUCAACGGUCGAGUACAGCGGGGAAUCUACACCAAGGAUGAGACAGCUUCUCCUACUGUGGAUCAGGAUUCACUUUUCAUCACCUGCAUUGUUGACGCGAUCGAGGGAAGGUUUAAGGCCACCAGCGACGUCAGAGGAGCGUACCUGAAUGCAAAGAUGAAAGAUCGGGUAAUCAUGCGCAUUUCGGGACCCGAGGUCGAUAUCUUCUGUGAUCUUGAUCCAAGCCUAAGGGAAUUUGUCACCGUUGUGAAGGGCAAGAAAGUGCUGUACGUACAAUUGGACAGAGCAUUAUAUGGUUGCGUGAAAAGCUCGAUGCUAUGGUAUGAACUUUACUCGGAAACUCUCAUGGAUAUGGGCUUCAAGCUUAAUCCGUACGAUCUGUGCGUCGCCAACUGUGACAUUGAUGGAAAGCAAUGCACAAUUUGCUGGUAUGUGGACGACAACAAGAUCAGCCAUAUGAAAUUGGAAGUCGUAAAGGAUAUCAUCAGGAAGAUUGAAGCCAAGUUCGGCAAGAUGACGAACAAGUUCGGGGAAGAGCACGAGUUUUUGGGAAUGAAGAUAACAUACAAAGACGGGAAGGUGGAGAUCAGCAUGAAGAAACACAUUCAGAAGGCGAUCGAUAUGUUUAUGGAUGAUAUCAAUAGAGAGGCAACUUUGCCUGCCAAGACCUAUCUUUUUGAUGUGAGAGAAGCUGCAAAAGAUUUAAGCGAGGAAAGGGCUGACAAUUUUCACAGCGUAACAGCGUCACUCUUGUAUGUCUCAAGACGAUGCCGUCUAGACAUUCAAACCGCCAUCGGCUAUUUGUGCACUAGAGUAGGAUGUCCAGAUGAAGACGAUUGGGUCAAGCUCAAGAGAGUUUUGCAGUAUCUGAAAGGAUCGAUAGAUUUAACAAGAAUAAAAAAAAGGGCAGCCAAUUCGGUAAAGAACCGAGCAUUAGGUGCAAUCGAGCGGUGUGAAGCCUCAAGCUGGUGGCGAUAG